CAGUGUCUUCCCUUCCCGCCUGAAACAGAAACGGGGGUAGAAGAGCUAUCGACUCGUUAGCUUCAUACAUUGCACAAUGGAUGACCUUUACUUGGAUAAUAUUGAUGAAUUUGUCAACGACCAGAAUAAAAUCGUGACCUACAAAUGGCUGAGUCUCACCCUUGGGGUCCAUGUCAACCUAGCCAAACAGAUGCUCUACCAUUACUUGGAUCAAAAGAGGAAAGAAGGCUCGGCUCGGCUCCAUGCUACCUACCUUGUGUCUGGCAAGUUUGUUGAGAAUGGUACCACGAGUCACAAGGUGUCAGUAGUGCGAGAGGAUCAGCUGGAGGAUGCGAAGUCAAAGAUGAGCCUGACGGUCAGCGUACAUGUGUACAGUGUUCAGAAGGCUGUGCUGAAAGACAGUGGUCCUCUGUACAGUGCUGAUUAUGACACUGUGAAAGAGAAUCUAAGAAAUUGCAGCAGGUACAGUGCAAUUCGUUGUGCUGAUGCGGUGCCUAGGUCCUCUGCAGAGGUGCAGCAGGCCUGUGAGACGACACAGGCCCCACCACCAGAGACGGAGCAAAUCAAAGCAAACCAUUCGAAUCUGGCCUCUAAACCCACCUCCAAGCAACCCAAAGGCAUUAUGGGAAUGUUUGCAAACAAGAAUGUCUCCAAGAAUCCAGAUUCAAGCAAAGAGAUUAAAUUGGAGCACAAAGAGGUUACACCUGUGGUUGAGACCUCCAAAACUAAACCUGCUCCGAAAACGAAUCCUGUGGCUAACUUCUUUGCGAAACAAGCAGCCAAAAAACCUGACAAAUCCAUCAAGGAAGAGGUAGAAAUAGCCCAGACAUCCUCCUCGGUGGAUGAGAAGCCCUCAAGUCCACCUCCUAAAGCAGAGACUCCUGUCAAGGAGGAACUAGCAAAGGAUGCUGUGGUUGAGAAAGAUACAAGUAAGACCAAGCGUCUUGAACAUUCUGAUAGUGAAGAGGAGAAGAACGAGAGUCGGAGGAAGAAGAGACGGAGGAUAAAGAAGCCCGAGCCAGACAGUAGUGGCGAUGAGGUUAUUCCAGACUCUCCUCCACAGUUGCAAGAAAAGAGGGACCCAUCACCAAGUCCUGAGAUUCAAGUAAAGAAAGAACCAGUUGCUGUUUCACAUUCAGAUGAGCUUUCAGGUUGUAAACGAAGGAAGAGGAGACGUGUCUUGAAAUCGCGCACAUUUGUGGAUGACGAAGGAUGCAUUGUGACCGAGAAAGACUAUGAGAGUGAAUCCUACUCCGAGACUGAGGAUGACUUUAAGUUCAGUCAACCAACUCCGAAGAAUCCAAACCCACCAAAACCAUCAACGGGCAAAAAAGAGGAGGAGAAGAAAAGUAAGAAAGCUGCUGCAGCCUCUAAUAAAUCUACUAAGCAGGCUUCUAUUAUGGGAUUCUUCCAGAAGAAAUGACAGACCUACUCAUGUCGUUGUACUGAACACUGAUAAGGAGCUUGAGGCCCAAGUGAAGAGAAUCUAGACGGACACAUUUUCAAACGCUCCAGAGGAUGGGUGGGUGGAUGUUCUAUCAUUUGGUAGAAUGCUCUACUCAUUUUUUUAAAUCACACUUAUCAAAUAAUUUCCACAUUACUGUAUAUGAUUGAAUAAAUAUAUCCACUUGCAUUGUGAAGUACCAUCGGAGCUACUUUAUCCUGGCAGCAUUUAUAUUUGGUUUUUACGUUUAGUUUACAAUUCUGCAAGUAUUGAAGGGUUCAUGGUGUGGUGAACCAGUACAAAACAAACAAACAUGUCUAUGAUGCUAUUUUUUUGCUGGUAGAAUAUGUUCUUCAAUGUUUCAACGUGUAUGUUCAUUAAAUCUAUUUUCAUA